GCACAUAGUAUGAACAUUGUCUACACGCACACUCCAUAUACGAAAUCAAACUUUUAUACAGGAGCAGCAGUUUGCCUAAAAUUUGGGUUGGCAGUUGGCCUUUGCUCUUCCUCUGUCUUAAUUUCCAAAGUCCAACGUUGACAAACUUUGUAUUGGAAGACUGUUAGAUGAUCCGUUCAGAGCAUUUAAGGAAAAUGGUGGAACGGACUGUUUAUGAUUGCAUUGAUAUGAUCUGCAUUACUUAUUCCGGUGAAAAUUCAUUAUGUGAAGAAAUUGUGGGAUGAACAUGGAUUAUGUGAAGCUUCCCAGCAGCACAAAUGAGGAUAUUUUGCAUCAACAUGGAAUAGGAGGAGGAGGGGGAGAAGAGACACUUGGUAGUUAUAAUGGAGGAGACAAUAAUUGGCAAAUUGGAGAUUCAGAUGGAGAUGGUGGUGCAGCCUUUGUUUUGGUCUCCAAAGGAACAUGGUGGCAUGCGGGGUUUCAUUUGACUACUGCCAUUGUGGGGCCUGCCAUUCUUACGCUGCCAUAUGCCUUCUCUUGCAUGGGAUGGACGGUGGGACUUCUCUCUCUCUCUAUGGCAGGGGCUGUUAGCUUCUACUCUUAUUACCUUAUGUCCAGAGUACUUGACAAUUGUGAGAAAAAUGGUCGACGCCACAUUCGAUUUCGAGAGCUGGCAAGUGAUAUCCUUGAAGGAAAGCAUCAACGGACCAGGGUGGAGCAGCAAGACAAAGGCAACAUCGAGCGUACCUCAACUGUUCCAGUCAUUCAGGCAAUGACUGGUUCCAUUCUCGACAUGCCUUUCCUCAUUUUUUCCUUUGUACUUGUGCAUACAUAUAUGUAUAUUUCCUUUCUGCACUGGAUGCACGUAGCUAGUCUCACGGCUCUUUGUGUGGGACGCAUGUUUGAAUAUGAAUAA